AGAAAGUGUGUUCAACAUUCAACGGCAAAUUUUUGAACGGCGGCAGUCUCAGACAUCAGCGUACGCGGUCGUACUACACCUGUGCGCCAGUCCAUCGUCGUGCAAGUCGAGUGGUACCCCUGAGACACAUACACGCUUACGCUCUUGAGGAACUACCGGAACUAUUUGUGCUUGGAGGAUAUAACAAUCUUUUUUGGAAAGGUAAGGAAAAAUAAAACCAAAAUGGAAGAAACAGACCUGGAGAGAUACCCCGACAGAGUUGCAGAGAUCUUCCGAGAUAAAACCAUCUUCAUAACAGGAGGUACCGGAUUUAUGGGAAAAGUCCUCAUUGAAAAGCUUUUAAGAUCAUGCAGUGGAUUGAAAAAGAUCGUCAUGUUGAUACGAAGCAAAAAAGGAAAAAGGCCACAGGAUAGGAUUAAGGAUAUUAUGAACAAUCCUCUCUUUGACAAAGUGAAGAAAUUACUAGGUCCGGAGGUUAUAAACAAAUUAGAAGCUGUAGAUGGAGACGUCAUGAUGCCAAACUUGGGCAUGUCGGAAGAGGACAGGCAAAAAGUAGCCAAAGAAGCUGAGCUCAUUUUUCAUUGCGCUGCCACCAUUAGGUUUGAUGAACCUUUGAAGAAAGCUGUGUUAUUGAAUGUUCGAGGGACCAAAUAUAUGUUGGAUCUCGCCAAGGAAUGCAAGAAAUUACUGAUAUUUGUGCACCUGUCCACAGCCUAUUGCCAUCUCAACGAGAAAGUAUUACACGAAAAGGUUUAUCCACCACCCGCGGAUCCGCACAAGAUUAUUAAGACUGUCGAAUGGAUGGACGAAGACGUUAUAGAUUUAAUUACACCAAAACUUCUAGGAGAUAUACCCAACACGUACGCUUUUACCAAAGCCCUGGGCGAAUCUCUAGUAGCAGAUGAACUAGAUAACUUACCUGUAGUUAUUUUGAGACCAUCAAUAGUGAUACCAAUUUGGAAAGAACCAAUCCCAGGUUGGACAGACAACAUCAACGGACCAGCAGGUCUUCUGAUUGGGGCCGGCAAAGGCGUCAUAAGAACCAUGUAUUGCAACUCUGACAGAUACGCAGACUUUCUGCCUGUGGACAUCGGAGUCAACGCCAUGCUCUUGAGUUGUUACGACUUUUCUGAAAACAGGAAGCGACGGAUAUACAAUUUGACAAGCUCUUCGCUGUACAAGAUCUCGUGGUCGGACAUCAUCGAAAUCGGUAGAAAAGUAAUAGAAACGAGGAUGCCAUUGAAUAAUGUCGCUUGGUACCCCGGCGGGAGCAUGAAAAAAUCCAGGAUAGUCCACAACAUCUGUUUUUAUUUGUUCCACAUGCUGCCAGCCAUAUUUGUAGAUACUUUAUUGUACAUAUUAGGAUUUAAACCAAUAUUGAUGAGAGUUCAACAAAGAAUCUCCAAAGGCUUCGAGGUAUUCGAAUACUACGCUAACAACCAAUGGGAAUUCGACAAUGAAGAAUCGCUGAGAGCUCGAGAAAUUCUGAAUCCGCGGGAAAGGCAGAUCUAUAAAGUCGAUGGGGAUGGUAUUGACUACGUGGACUAUUUCACGGAUUGCGUCCAUUGCACCAGGCUGUUCAUCCUCAACGAACCUGAUGAUACUAUUCCCGCUGCGAAGAGGCAUAUGAAGAUAAUGUUCGUUGUAGAUGUUCUUGUCAAGACCCUCUUCACCCUAGGAAUGCUCUACCUGCUUUAUACGAAACUUGUUAAGCCUUAUUAUGGAUGGGAAUGACAUUUACCAGAAUCCUGAACAUAUUGUUGUUUUAUAAGAAUUUUGUAAUGUAUGUAUAUUUUUUGAAGGCAUCCAACAAAAAAAUUGUGUGUAGGUGCAAGAGAAUGUAUUUUACGUGUAUCAUUUUUUUAUUUUUGAUAGUUUAUGAUUUAUGAUGGACUAAGGAAUGUUAAUAAAAACUAAAAAC